UCCAUCGUAAAUUACCAAACAAUUCAAACGGCUGAAUAGCUUAUUAAAACUAUUUAUUGCCAUCGCUGAGCGACAUCGUUCUCGUUCCUCUGCGUGUGGGAGGAAGAACUUUGAUUUGACGCAUUAACGUGCGCGCUGUCAGUGCGGGUCGGAGGGGGAGGUAAACAAGAUGGCGACAACCUGAGCAGCGAGAGGAACGCGAAGAAUCGGGCAUUUAACGUUAACCGAUAGACGCAAGUGGGACAUUUUCUUUAACGAGGCCGUGAUAACACGAGCCAUAUGGAUAAAGGCACCAGGCGGUAGAAACCGCGGUGGCAUGGAGGACACCUGAGGACGGGUGGACGCGUUGGACGGCUCAGUCGACCUCCGGGAGCCGGGCUGAUACUGCUGCAUGCGUUUGGCUGUAGAUCUGCGCUUGGGUCCAGUCCAGCUGUCCACACUUAUGUAUCCUAAAGCUACCGGUAAUCUGAAGCAUGGACCUUUGACCGAAAUGCGUUGCUGCACGGCCUCGAAGCAGGACAGUUUGCCUCUACCAUAGGCUGUGUGGUUUUCAAUUCAUAGUUGAGCAGAGAACAGUGACAUUUUACCAUCAGUUAUUUGUUCAACUGCACCGGUCAAAGAAAUGCGCUGACUUGCACUGGACGCAACACGUUUCUCACCUCUCAAAGCGCCCUAAUGUUUACAAUUUGGCUUCGAUCCCCCACCACCCCUCAUCACUCAGUCCUGAUUAUUAUCUCCCAUGUUUAGUAUUUUGUAAGUAUUCCAACUUGUGGAAUUAAAACACUCGGCUCAGUACUCGAAGGUUACCAGUGGAUUACUUCGCAGCAGCAAUCAUAGCUAUUUGCGAACUAUUUGCACGGGUGGCUUAAGUUUUGGCUGCCGAACUACCAGUCAUGAGUGCCGGCGAGCUGCAACAUCUUGACUAUCUAAAUGAAAAUGAGCUGAUGGAGAUGGAUACUUUCAUUCAUCGCAUUGACUCUACGGAGGUGAUCUACCAGCCAAGGAGGAAGAGGGCAAAGCUGAUAGGAAAGUACUUGAUGGGAGAUCUGCUAGGUGAGGGAUCUUAUGGCAAAGUGAAAGAGAUGCUGGACUCGGAUACACUUUGUCGCAGGGCUGUCAAAAUACUGAAGAAGAAGAAACUGAGGAGGAUUCCCAACGGAGAAGCCAAUGUGAAAAAGGAGAUUCAGCUACUAAGAAGACUCCAACACAAGAAUGUGAUUCAGUUGGUGGACGUGCUCUACAACGAAGAGAAGCAGAAAAUGUAUAUGGUGAUGGAGUAUUGCGUUUGUGGGAUGCAAGAAAUGCUGGACAGCGUCCCAGAAAAAAGGUUUCCAGUAUUUCAAGCUCACGGGUACUUUAGCCAACUCUUGGAUGGCCUCGAAUAUUUGCACAGCCAGGGAAUAGUUCACAAAGACAUUAAACCAGGAAAUCUGCUGCUGACCACAGACGGAGCACUUAAAAUCUCUGACCUGGGAGUAGCAGAGGCCCUUCACCCAUUUGCAGAGGACGAUACGUGUCGAACCAGUCAGGGCUCGCCGGCCUUCCAGCCUCCAGAGAUCGCAAAUGGACUGGACACCUUUUCAGGGUUUAAAGUGGACAUUUGGUCCGCUGGAGUAACACUAUACAACAUCACAACGAGUUUGUAUCCGUUUGAGGGAGACAACAUCUAUAAGCUAUUUGAGAACAUUGGAAAAGGAGACUACACUAUUCCCGAGGAGUGUGGACCGCUCCUGUCGGACCUGCUGCAAGGGAUGCUUGAGUAUGACCCUGAAAAGAGGUUUUCCAUACAGAACAUAAGGAAACAUAACUGGGUGCGUAAGAAACACCCUCCGUCUGAGCUCCCUGUGCCCAUCCCUGCCAACGCGGAGAGCAGGGAUCCCUGGCGGAGUAUGACGGUGGUGCCCUACCUGGAGGAUCUCCACGGCUACACAGAGGAGGACGAUGAUGACCUCUACGAUGGAGAGGAUGAGAUCAUAUACACUCAGGACUUCACAGUGCCAGGACAAGUGGCCGAAGAAGAAGAUCUGGAUCAGGGGCACGAAGACCACAGUCCAUCUCUAGCCAAGCCGGUUUGUGUAAACGGGACAGAGGGGGGGUCUCUGAAUAGCAAGGCCAAAGCCGAACGCCGAUCCUCCUCUUCAUCCAACCCCUCGCGUAAAGGGGUCUCCACAGCCAGCAAGAUCCGCAAGCUCUCCACCUGCAAACAGCAAUGACCCCCCUCCACCCACCCGCCUCUCCUCCCUCGGCAGCAACCCGCCUGGCCGGUCCGACCCCGUCCUUCUGUGUCCGGAGUCCUCACAGUUGUGAGAAUAACCUGCUGACGUUAAUACCCCCUUACCUCCUUGGACCACUAGCCUGCAAACUCUUUUGAAGAUGCGGUAUGAGUGAUGGGGAGGAGGACAGCAUGAAAUGUUCUUUUUGCUCUGAGACUGAGGCACUGGCUGUGAAGAUUUUUUUUUUUUUUCCUUCAUAUUUUUUGCUCCUUUAACUCUUGUCAUCUACUAUCUAGUCAUUUCCCCUCUCCGUCCUGUCACCCUCUCAGGAGGGUCAAGUGUUGCACCACACGUUACAAACACCAUCACCUCUGUACCCCACCCACCCAAACCCUCUACCCCACCCUCUGUUUCUGUUACCACGUUUGUUUUUACAAAAUCCUAAUGGCAGUUUUUAAAGACUCAUUGUGAAGUGUAAAAAAUUAAAGAGAAAAAAAAAACUGUUAUGAAUAAUUCUAUAUUUAAAUCUAUACAAUGUCCCAGGAAAUGAUAAUGGUACUCCCACAAACAUAAAAAUAAAAAACUGCAUGCUGUACAGGGCUGGGAGAAAGGGAAGGUUUGUGGGCAGUCUGAAGCUUUGAGAUCCACCUGGAUUUUUCAUUUUCCAUUUAGGUUUGUUUUUUUUAAUGAAUAUUUUUUAAUUAUUAUUUAUAUAAAAUAUGUCCCAAACA